AUGUCUUCUUCCGAUGAUGAUAUGCCUUUGGCAAGAACUAAUGGAACCAAUGGCAAUAUUUCGCAAGCUCGCAUACCGAACAGCGUCGAUAAAGCUAUGAAUAAGGCUGAUGCAAAUGCGAGGGCUGCCCCCGUAGGAGUUUCUAUUCGCAAUGGACCUGUUUUGGACGAUCGUAUGGAUGUAGAUGAACCUGCCAUGAAUGGCGCUUCGAAGCGAAAGUCACGAUCAAGCAUUGGAAAUGGAAAGCCCAUAAACUACAAGGUGCAAGAAAGCGGCAGUGAAAGUGAAGAGGUACCAUUGGCGAAACGACAAAGAACCUCCAAGAAGAAAGCCGUGGAAUCCGAUUCAGAUGAUGACAUGCCUUUGGCUGGCAGGCGCAAUUCAAAAUUGCCCCCCAAAGCUUCUGCGGCUGCGAUCGGAGAGUCUUCUUCAGAUGACGAGCCACUUACCGUUAAACUUUCCAAGGAGAAAGCUUCGAUAGAAAAGCACGCCGAGAAGGAAGCGAAAGCUAUACGAGCAAAGAAUGCAACUCCAAAGAAGGCCGUCAAAAAAGAGGAAUCGGAUAGUGAUGAGGAUGUUGCACCCAAGAGGCGAAAGUCCAAUGGUGUGGCUGCGAAAUCAUCUGCAAAGAAGACCAAUGGUGUAAAGAAAGAGGAUUCUGACUCCGAUGCGCCUCUUGCAAAGAAAGCUGCUGCGAAAAAGGCCAACGGCAAGGUCAAGCCGGAACCAGAUUCAAAGAAAACUAAGGCCAAAAAGGAUGAGAGCGAAGAAGCAGAUGAGGUUUAUCGUUGGUGGGAUGCACCCAAGAAGGAGGACGACACCAUCAAAUGGGAGACGUUGCAACAUAAUGGGGUUGUUUUCCCUCCAGAAUACGAGCCACUCCCAAAAAACAUCAAAUUGAGGUAUGAUGGGAUUCCACUUACUUUGUCUCUGGCAGCGGAAGAAAUUGCGGGCUUUUUUGGUGCUAUGUUGAAUUCAGCCCACAAUGUCGAAAAUCCAACUUUCCAGAAGAACUUCUUCAAGGAUUUCACCGAUUCGGUCAAGAAAACUGGAGGUGCCAAGGAUAAAGAAGGGAACAAGGUCGCGAUCAAGGAGUUCACCAAGCUCGAUUUCAAGCCAAUUUUCGAGUAUUACGAUGGCAAGAGCACCGAGAGGAAGGCUCGAUCCGCCGCUGAGAAGAAGGCCGAGAAAGCAGUUAAGGAUGAGGCCGAAGCUCCAUAUAAGACUUGCAUCUGGGAUGGACGCAAAGAAGACGUGGGUAAUUUUCGUGUCGAGCCACCUGGACUAUUCCGUGGUCGUGGCGAGCAUCCAAAGACUGGUAAAGUCAAAUUCAGAGUCACUCCUGAACAAAUUAUAAUCAACAUCGGCAAAGAAGCUACUGUUCCUUCUCCUCCUGAGGGUCAUAAGUGGAAAUCCAUUCAACACGAUAACAAGGCUACCUGGCUUGCUAUGUGGCAGGAAAACAUCAAUGGUGCUUACAAGUAUGUUAUGCUUGCAGCCAAGAGUAGUAUCAAGGGCCAGAGCGAUUUCAAAAAGUUCGAAAAGGCUCGUGAGUUGAAGGAGCAUAUUGAUCGAAUUCGAAAGGAUUACACACAAGACCUUUAUGCUGAACUAAUGGCUGAUCGACAACGGGCUACCGCAGUCUACCUUAUUGAUAAGUUUGCUUUGCGUGCUGGUAAUGAGAAGGAUGCGGAGAAUGAAGCCGAAACUGUUGGAUGCUGUUCGCUGAAAUAUGAGCACGUCACUUUGAAGCCCCCGAACACUGUCAUUUUCGACUUCUUGGGAAAGGACAGUAUUCGAUUCUACGAUGAGGUAACGGUUGACACUCAAGUAUUCAAGAAUCUGAAGAUCUUCAAGAAGGCCCCGAAAAAGAACGGUGAUGACAUUUUCGACCGCCUCAAUACUACACAACUGAACAAGCAUUUGACGAAUUAUAUGCCAGGUUUGAGUGCCAAGGUCUUCCGAACUUACAACGCCUCCUGGACUAUGUCGGAUCUCCUAAAAAAACUCAAGAACAGUGACAUCUCUAUGCAAGAGAAAAUCAAGCUAUACAACGAUUGCAAUCGCAAGGUCGCCAUCCUUUGUAACCAUAAGCGUACAGUUGGCGCCAGUCAUGAGGCUGCAAUCGAGAAGAUGGAUGAUGCAGUAAAGGGUUUGAAAUAUCAGAAAUGGCGCCUUAAGCGGAUGAUUCUCGACCUUGACCCAAAACAGAAAAAGAAGAAGGGUGUUGAUUGGUUUGCAUUGGAUGAAGAGCUUGAUGAAGCUUGGAUCCUAGAACACCAAGCCUUCCUCGUGGCCCAGGAGCGUGUAAAGAUUGAAAAGAAAUUUGCAAAGGAGAACGAGAAGCUCGUUGCCGAAGGGCAAAAAGAAAUGAAGGCAAAAGAGCUUACCGAAAGACUCCAAGUUGCCACGGACCUUGAGAAGAAACUCAAAAAAGAAAACAAGACCAAAAAGGUCGAAGCUGAAGGCAAGGGACCCAGUGUCGAUAAGUUCGAGGCCAAUAUUACGAAGAUCGACGAAAGAAUCGCCAAUAUGCUUCUCAAGCGUGAAGAUCGAGAGGGUAACAAGGAGGUUGCGCUCGGUACUAGUAAAAUCAAUUACAUAGACCCACGUCUUACUGUCGUCUUCUCCCAGAAGUUUGACGUACCGAUCGAAAAAUUCUUCUCUAAGACUCUCCGUGAGAAGUUCGCCUGGGCUAUCGAUUCUAUCAAAGACGAAGAUGAUUGGGAAUUCUAA